CCUCUCUCCCUUCCAACAAGCACGAUCAUCAUCUUUCAGAGUAAUGUCCAAAAAGGCAAAGAAAGUUCAGAGUUCUCAGCCUUUCGGGCCCGGGGGAGGAUUGGAAUUGAAAGAUGGUGUUGAUGCAUCUGGAAGGCCAGCCAAGGGGAAGGGCGUCUACCAGUUUGCCAGCAAGUAUGGAGCAAAUGUUGAUGGGUACAGCCCAAUAUAUAACCCAGAAGAAUGGUCUCCAAGUGGUGACUACUAUGCGGGAGGUAAGCACACACAAGUAUCCGGAAACAAUGAUCUUAAAGCUCUCGCUUCAGUUGACUCUUUUCUUUGGGAAAGAAAUAACAUUCAUGCCUUGGUUUAUGCAGGAAAGACAGGGUUGUUGCUCUGGGUGGUUACUCUUGCUGGAAUUCUGCUGGGUGGUGCUCUGCUUGUUUACAAUACUAGUGAUUUGGCUUCUUGAAGCCUGGUAUAGCAAACCAGAUUAUGUACCAUGCAAGGAUUUACAUCAUCUAGGUAGAUAUUCGGACUAUAUGUUGUGCAAUUGUGUACCAUGCAAGGAUUAUGGACCAUGCAAGGAUCUCCUUAUACUAUACUUAAUUACCAAAAGCGAUAAGUUUCCAAUA